CAAGCAAAGCGAAAGCAAAUAUAGAAGAGAGGAUAGAAACGACAUGGGAAGAUCUCCUUGUUGUGAUGAGAAUGGCCUCAAGAAAGGACCUUGGACUCCUGAAGAAGACCAAAAGCUGGUUCAGUACAUAAAGCAGCACGGCCAUGGCAGUUGGAGAGCCUUGCCUAAGCUUGCAGGUCUCAACAGAUGUGGCAAGAGCUGUAGGCUAAGGUGGACAAAUUAUUUAAGGCCUGAUAUCAAGAGGGGGAAAUUUUCUCAAGAUGAAGAGCAAACAAUUCUGCAUUUGCAUUCCAUCCUCGGGAACAAGUGGUCGGCCAUUGCAACACAUCUACCAGGCCGCACAGAUAAUGAAAUCAAGAACUUCUGGAAUACCCAUCUAAAGAAAAAGCUGAUUCAGAUGGGAAUUGAUCCAAUGACCCAUCAACCAAGAACUGACAUCUUUGCUAGCUUGCCUCAACUCAUAGCCCUGGCCAACCUUAGAGACCUCGUGGAGAGCACAAAUCCAUUAGAUGACCACACUGUAAGAUUGCAGGCAGAAGCUGUUCAGUUGGCUAGGCUUCAAUACCUGCAAUUUCUUGUACAAUCGGCAGCUUCAAUGACCAAUAACUCAUAUUCCCAGAACGGCAUUGCAGACAUGGAAGCUUUCAACUUAUUAAAUUCAUCAGUUCCAGAUAUUAAAGAAAACCAGGUUCUAAAUCCAGCCCCAAUUUCACUUGGAAAUACUACCUCUCAACCACUCCACCAUCCCGCUCUAUUAUCUCACUUGCCAGACCCACAAGUCCCUUUCAGUUUCCAAACAUCGUUGAACUGUGAGAAAACAGCAUUGAACAGUGAGAUGGGCCACUGUUCUAGCUUUACAAUCGUCAGCCAAGGAGAUAACCAAACCGAUAAUUCAUCAUGGCUUCUUCCAUCCCCUACCCUUCCUCCCACAGUAACUGAGACAUCAAUCAGCAAUCCAGGAGAUGUAAGCAGUACUUCUAGCUACAAUGGAGCAGCUUCUCCAUACUGGCAUGAACUCUAUUUCGAGGACUCAAUCAUGCAUGAGAUUUCUUAGAUGGUAUCUAAAAGUUUGAUAGUCUUGGAGUUUGCAUUUCCCAGUGUUUGCUGUUGCUGUAAAUACUGAUUGCAUCUCAUGUUUAAUUAGUUCUCCUGUAUACCCUCUCGUUCCCCAACAUUUAUGCACUUAUACAGCCUAUAUGUAUACACAUGUUUUUGUGUACAUACUUUUGGGAUAAUAAUCAUAUGAUCAAACCAC